UGCUCUUUUUUCUUUAGCCACAAAUCGGAUGGUGGACCAUACCAAUUUAUGUGGUGGAUAAUUUCACUUUUUUUAGAUCAGUUUGCUGCACCUACUGAUGUUGCCCUUGGCCACAGUUCAGAUUCUGGGGACCUCCAGAAAUCCAAUUUUUUAUCAUCACAAAUUCUUUAUCCAUUUCUUAUUUAGAUUCCAGAAAAACAAGUUCAUACUUUUAUCAUCACAAAUUCUUUUCUCAACUAUUACUAAUUUGCAAGCAUUUUUCAAUGGAUUCUUGAUCAAUAUCACAUAACAAGAAUUCAAAUUUCUGUCAAAAAUUUCAGCACAAAAAUUGUACAAAAAUGGCGGCGGCAGCUGCAUCAAUUCAUCUUCUUUCUGCGAGAACAAACAGCAGCAGAAAGAGGUUGAAUUUCAUGUCAACUGACAAAUACAGAACAACCCAGAUUGUAAUUAUUCCCAAAGCAUCUGCAAGUACAGAAAACAGCAGCACAUCAGGGAAAAAAGACAGCAAACUGACAAAAAAGAACAAGAAGUUUAAGGAAGAAGAGAAUGUUAAUGAUCAAAAGGAGCAAAUUAGUAACAAUGCUGAAACAGAGAAGAGUGGGAAGAGUAGUGAUAGUACUGAUGUGAUCAAAAGGAUUGAUGAGGCCGUGAACCCGGUCGGGUUAGGGAGGAAAUCGAGGCAGAUAUUUGACGAGGUUUGGAAGAAGUUCUCGAAUUUGGGUCAGAUUUCUAGGACUGAGUAUGAUGAUGUUAGUAGUAAUAAUUUGUUGGCGUUUGGGGAGUUUACAAUUCCUGAUGCUCAGAAUACUACUGUUCUUGUUAUUGGUGCUUCCAGUCGUAUUGGCCGCCUCGUUGUUCGUAAGCUCAUGCUUCGAGGUUAUACGGUUAAGGGGUUGGUUCGGAGAAUUGAUCAGGAAGUGACGGAUAUGCUGCCAAGGUCAGUGGAGUUAGUGGUUGGGGAUGUGGGAGAUCCUGUUAGCCUCCAAAAUGCGGUGGAAGGUUGCAACAAAAUCAUCUAUUGUGCAACUGCUCGUUCAUCCAUUACAGGGGAUCUCAACAGAGUUGACAAUCGUGGAGUCUACAAUGUUGCUAAAGCCUUUCAGGACUACAACAACCAAUUAGCACAACUGCGGGCUGGUAAAAGCAGCAAAAGCAAAUUUCUGAUUGCAAAAUUCAAAUCAGAAGAUUCACUUCAAGGAUGGGAAGUACGUCAGGGGACUUAUUUCCAGGAUGUGGUUGCCAGCAAAUAUGAUGGAGGAAUGGAUGCCAAAUUUGAGUUCAACGAGAAUGGCCUUGCCAUUUUCUCUGGAUAUGUUUUCACCAGAGGAGGAUAUGUAGAUCUGUCAAAAAAGCUUUCUCUUCCUUUGGGUUUUACUCUAGACCGGUAUGAAGGUCUUGUUCUUUCAGUUGGUGGCAAUGGUCGUUCUUAUGUUGUAAUCCUUGAAACUGGUCCUCUGGCAGAUUCAUCCCAAAGCAAAUUGUAUUUUGCUAGAAUUAAUACAAAAUCAGGAUUUUGCAGGGUCAGAGUUCCAUUUUCAGCCUUCCGCCCAGUGAAUCCAAGUGAUCCACCAAUGGAUCCAUUUCUCGCUCACACUUUGACCAUACGCUUUGAGCCUAGAAGACAGAGACCUGUUGAAGGGCCUAAUGGGAUGAAGCAAGAUCCAAGAAGUUUCGAGCUAAUCUUGGAAUACAUAAAAGCCUUACCCAGUGGUCAGGAAACAGACUUCAUUUUGGUAUCUUGUACAGGAUCAGGAAUUGAGACCUCGAGAAGGGAGCAGGUUUUGAAAGCUAAGAAGGCUGGUGAAGAUUCAUUGAGAAGAUCAGGACUAGGUUAUACAAUAGUCCGUCCAGGUCCAUUAAAGGAAGAACCUGGUGGGCAACGUGCUUUGAUAUUUGACCAGGGAAACCGAAUUUCUCAGGGAAUAAGUUGUGCUGAUGUGGCCGAUAUCUGCGUGAAGGCGUUGCAUGAUUCUACAGCCAGAAAUAAGAGCUUCGACGUGUGCUAUGAGUAUGUGGCUGAGCAAGGCCAGGAGCUUUAUGAACUUGUGGCACAUUUACCUGAUAAGGCAAAUAAUUAUUUGACACCAGCACUCUCAGUUCUUGAGAAGAACACCUAACGGAGUAUAUCAUAAACGAAAGAUUUUGAUCGUCUUGUUUGAGUUUGCUUCUGAGAAUUGAGAACAAUUUAAUGAGCAUUUCCCACCCCUAUAUCUUCCACUUGAUGGUAUCAUUUGUAAUUGUGUAUAGCAUUAUAGGAUAUAUAAAGACACACAUUAUAUCAAUACAUCCCCUGUAUCUCUUAUUCUCUUGUUACAUAUAGAAGAAGAAAACAUUGUAUUAUGUGAUGAAAAAGUUGCAGAAUACUGUCAUGGACAACAAAUUUUUUUGAUACAACUAAUUGCAAUGUCAUGUACUGUAAA